AUGGCCGUGGUCCGGAAAUCCCGCCUCCCCGGGUGUCUGCUCACCCUCGUGCUCCUGCAGCUGCCCAAGCUGGAUUCAGCUCACUUUGAAGUGAUGGGGCCCCCGGAGCCCAUCCUGGCCAUGGUGGGAGCAGACGCCGAGCUGCCCUGUCACCUCUCCCCAAACGUGAGCGCCGAGCACAUGGAGCUGCGGUGGUUCCGACGGACGCCGUCGCCCGCCGUGUUCCUGUACCAGGCGCCGCAGGAGCCGCAGCAGGAGCUGAUGCCAGAGUACCGCGGCAGGGUGGCGCUGCGGCGCGACGACAUCGCCGCGGGGCGCGCGGCCCUGCGGAUCUGGGGCGUCCGCGCCUCGGACGAGGGCGAGUACCGCUGCUUUUUCAGGGACAACGCCAGCUACGACGAGGCCAUAGUGCACCUCCGAGUGGCAGCUCUGGGCUCCGAGCCUCACAUCACCAUGGAAGUUCAGGAGAGUGGCGAGGUCCGGCUGGAGUGCACCUCCGUGGGGUGGUACCCAGAGCCCCAGGUGCAGUGGAGAUCUGCCAAGGGAGAGGAGUUCCCGACCACGUCAGAGUCCAGGAGUCCUGACGAGGAAGGCCUGUUCACUGUGGCAGCCUCAGUGACCCUCAGGGACAGCUCCAUGGACAGUGUGUCCUGCUGCAUCCGGAACCUCCUUCUUGGCCAGGAGAAGGAAGUAGGGAUUUCCAUUCCAGCUCCCAUCUCCCCCAGGCUGACUCCCUGGAUGGUGUCUGUGGCGGCCAUCCUUGUGGUCUUAGGGCUGCUCACCACUGGAUCCAUAUUUUUCAUCUGGAGACUGUACCAGGAGAGACCCAGAGAGAGGAGGAGCAAAUCCAGCUCUACAGAGAAACUCCUGGAAGAGCUCAAUUGGAAAAAGGCGGCAUUGCAUGCAGUUGAUGUGACUCUGGAUCCAGACACAGCCCACCCUCACCUUUUUCUGUACGAAGACGCAAAAUCUGUUCGACUGGAGGAUUCACGCCAGAAGCUGCCUGAGAAUCCAGAGAGAUUUGACUCGUGGCCGUGUGUGCUGGGCCGAGAGGCCUUCACCGAGGGGCGGCAUUACUGGGAGGUGGAGGUGGGGGACAGGACCGACUGGGCCAUCGGCGUGUGCAGGGAGAACGUGAUGAAGAAGGGGUUUGACCCCAUGACCCCUGACAACGGGUUCUGGGCUGUGGAGCUCUAUGGGAAUGGAUACUGGGCCCUCACCCCUCUUCGGACCCCUCUCCCAUUAGCAGGCCCCCCUCGCCGGGUUGGGAUUUUCCUGGACUACGAAUCGGGAGACAUCUCCUUCUACAACAUGACUGACGGGUCGCACAUCUACACCUUCCCUGGCAUCUCCUUCUCUGGCCCCCUCAGGCCCUUCUUUUGCCUGUGGUCCUGCGGGAAAAAGCCCCUGACCAUCUGCCCAGUGUCUGAAGGGCCUGAGGGGGUCACAGUCAUCCCUGAAGCCCAGAACCUUUCCAAGGACAUCCCACUGUCCCGUGUGGGGCAGGACUCUGCCUCUGGGGACACAGACACUCUCCGUUCUAAACUCAUCUCUUCCCAGCCCAGCCGAGGGGCACCUUAA